ACCCCAGACAAAUUACAAUCAAUCAAGCUCGAUACGGAAUGAUUCUAAAGUUCCGUAAAAAUUCUCCUCUCGCGCGUGAUACAAUGCAAGCUCUUUUCGAAUUUUCAUCAUGACUCGCGCAAGAAGACAUCGGUACUACACAAAAGAAAUCACUGACACACAGAGCGAUGCGUAGCUAUACCGAAUUUGCAUCGUCCCCGCGAUGAUUCACGCCGGUCAUUAAUAAGCUAUACUCGUAUACCGCUGCGGCGAAAAACCGUCGCGCUGACACAGAACGGCUAAUUAACGCGCGGGGCACUUAAAAUGCGAUAUUUUCAAAUCUACAAACGACAGUUGAACAAGCAUAGGCUCGAACUUUUCGUAUACGCAAACUCGAGCGCUUGUUUAAUAACGCGACGAAGCGAGUGUCACACGCGUCGACCCGCGACUCGCCAGUUAUUCGCUCGAGGAAAAAUACGCCGUGACAGGUUCUCACGCGCGGUUGUUCGUUAUUUUUUUCGCCGCACUUUCUUUCAGCGAAACAACUUGCGGUGCGUCGGUUUUGCAUACAGCUGCGAGAUUAUUUAUAGGACGUCGGUGGCGUAUAUCGAAUGUUUCCUAGCUAGAGAUAUUCGUGUAAUCUUUAUUUGAAAUUUUAGAUGCGCCUACUAAAUAUACAGCAAUGACUUGUAUUAUUUACAACGAAUUGCGCCCAAAUCAUCGGAGAUUCAAACUGCGUCAACGUAAAAUGUGAAGUCAAGCGUGAAAACACUUAAGACAAUGGUAUCUUUACGGAUACACAAACUGUCUGGUGACUUAUCCGCAGGUCAAGUAUAAAGAAAGUCGAUCACGCGCGUAUGAACGAGCGCAAAAAAAGCAAAAGACUCGAGCACGGAAACGAGUCCAGCCACUUUUCGACAAAAACUAGAUCCGAAGAUCGAAUCGGUAGAUUUACAAAAAUUUAUUCCGUUUUUCAACCAGCUACGUCCAUAUUUUUCUGUUGCAUAAGUCUUGAGAAAAGAACUCUUUUUUUUGCUUUAACUUCAAUCUUCCGAUGAGAUGGACGUAUAAUGUAUCCUAUGGGCAUUUCGUUUUUUCUAGCUUCAAGUACACGGUACACUUAUCUUCUUCGUAGACGUAUAGACGGAUGGGCGGAAUAAGAGGACACUAUGAAAAAUUAGUUCGACAGAAUCGGAGGACGUUUACAGUUUUGCGCAACUUUUAUCACGGCUGUUAUGAACGAGCGAAACAUCGCUGUAACUCGAGACUACAUUGAACUAUGGAUCGCGAUUAAGCAGAAUCAAGAGUGAAUAUUCUUUCUAUGGCUUUGCGACGCUGCAAAAAUAGCAUCUGCAAAUCGUCGGAAUUUUUAUUAAAAUUGAUGCGCUGGUGACGUCGCGCUCACGAAUAAUGCAUCCAAAGUGCCUAUGGAACUUUUCUUAUUUAAAAAAUGUUUCCGCUGCUGGUUCUAUACAUGAAUUUCAAAUUAAAACACGAAAUUUAUUCCAAAGUAAAAAAAAUUGUAAGCAUCGAGUAUUGUCCGAGAAUGUCACGAAAUGCCUUUUGAACCUUGAAAACGGUUAUUUCUGUUCGUCAAUCUUUACUCAAGCUACAUAAUGGAAGAGCGUUCUUCGAAAAUUUUGUAUCUGAAAAGACGCAGAAAACAGCAUUGUGAGCUUCCUUGAAGAUUUCGAUCCGUCGCGAUCGCAACGUACAUCAAACAAUGAUUUCUCGCUCAAUAGCCACGCGGGCGACUUUUCUUCUGCGACUGUUUACAACUAGCGCAUAUCGAAAUGCCGUUAAACGCGUAGUUUUGCCAAAACAACUAAUACAAAAACAGCUUAUUAGACAUAGACUAGACUACUAGACAUCGUUCGCAAGGAUUUAUAAAAAAUCGACUCGUCUCUCUGUCAUCAUCUCUUACUUUAAAAAAUCAGAUAAACAAAAAUUCGCCCGAAAUCCCACGAAUGUUACAUAAACAUAUAUCUACAUACCCUCCUGAAGUGGAGGGAGAGAGGCGUAUAUACAUAGCGCACGCGAGGAAGAGAGAGACGCACGACACACAGACACACAGACACACACACGCACAGCCACCUCGUCCCGGAGUCCCGCUCCAAAAGAAGUCGCGCCUGCUGCGACACGACAGCAUUCGCGCCCGAGCCUUUGAGCCGAGCGGACGCGUGAAAGACAGUAUACAUAGCGGCACGGCCGAGCUAGCAGACUACGCGCAUACGAAAUCUGCCCAGGCAUCACAGCUGAAGAAAGUGAAAUUCCGCGCGCGCCGGAGCAAUCUUUACACGCACUGGUGGUGGGGAGUCGUGCUCUCUCACCUAGUGACCGUGAUUUUCACUCGGCGGGAGUUUCACUUCUAACCUCAAUACCCGCGCGUGUUGGCGGAGCUCGUUCCGGCUUUGUAACAUUUCAGAAAGAUACGGGACGGCCGUACUUCUGCUAGCUCCUCUUCGCCCGCCUCUACGUGUGCCAUUACGUAAAGACCCUUGGACAAUGAUGUAACUGCUGCCGCACCGAGUGUUCGAAUUCCUUGUAGUCUGCUUCGUUGUUAUUGUUGCACAGUUCGGUUCGCCGUUGUUUUGAGUGUCGUCCUCGAAAAAAAAAGAAGAAAAAAAGGUGAAACCAUGUGGCCUGAGAACGUGGGUAUCAAGGCGCUGGAGGUCUACUUCCCGGCCCAGUACGUGGAUCAGACGGACCUGGAGAAGUUCGACGGGGUGUCCGCCGGCAAGUACACCAUAGGCCUGGGCCAGUCCAGGAUGGGCUUCUGUAACGACCGGGAGGACAUAAACUCGCUCUGCCUGACGGUGGUGCACCGGCUUCUGGACAGAUACGCCAUCAAGCCCGAGCAGAUCGGCAGACUGGAAGUCGGCACCGAGACCAUACUCGACAAGAGUAAGUCCGUCAAGUCCUGUCUGAUGCAGCUGUUCGAGCCCUCCGGCAACACCGACGUCGAGGGCAUCGACACCACGAACGCCUGCUACGGUGGCACCGCCGCUCUCUUCAAUGCCAUCUCCUGGGUCGAGAGCAGCGCCUGGGAUGGAAGACUCGCCCUCGUCGUGGCCGCCGACAACGCCGUCUACGCGAGUGGUAGUGCUAGGCCCACCGGUGGUGCUGGAGCUGUUGCCAUGCUGGUGGGUCCGGACGCCCCUCUGGUGUUUGACCGUGGACUGCGUGCCUCCUGCAUGAGACAUGCUUAUGACUUUUACAAGCCAGAUCUUAGGUCAGAGUAUCCCACCGUCGAUGGAAAGCUCUCUAUUCAGUGUUAUCUCAGUUCCCUGGACACCUGCUACCAGAGGUACUGCGACAAGGCUAAGGCCAAGAAGCAAGGGCAUGAUGUAACUGUGAGGGACUUUGACGCCAUGCUGUUUCAUUCUCCAUACUGCAAGCUCGUUCAGAAGUCAUUCGCCAGAUUAGCUCUUGUUGACUUCUUAAACUCCGCCAAGAGCAACUCCAUUCAGAAUCAUGUCGACUUGCAGAAGUUCAGUAAUCUUUCCCUGGAAGAUACAUACUUUGACAGAGACGUGGAAAAGGCUUUCAUGGCAUUGAGUAAGAAUGAUUUUGAGCAGAAAACUAAACCCAGUUUGUUCAUAGCUAAUCAAGUAGGAAACAUGUACACACCUUCUGUUUAUUCUGGACUUGUCUCACUGCUCAUCGAUAAGCCAAUAGAGGCUUUGGCUGGUAAGAAGAUAGGAGUGUUUUCUUAUGGAUCUGGACUCGCAUCCAGCAUGUAUUCGAUAACGGUCACAAAAGAUGUGAGCCAAGACUCGGCUCUGAGCAAAUUGGUAACAAAUCUGUCCUACGUCAAGACUCAGCUGGAAGCAAGACGGAAAGUGCAUCCUGAAGAGUACACUGAAACUUUAGCUUUAAGAGAAAAAAACUGUCACACUGUACCGUUUGAGCCUCAGAGCAGUAUUGAUAAUAUGUUCCCAGGAACUUAUUACCUCGUAAAAGUUGACGAGCUGUACAGAAGAACUUAUGAGAGAAUACCAAAUUUAAAAUAGUUAUUAUAUUUUAAUUAUUCAGGAAAAACGUUGGUGAGAAAAUUUUGCAUACUGAUUUAUGUAUGCAGUUCUUUAUUUCAAUUUACUUCUAAAACCAUGAAAAAUUUAUGAGUGAUGUAAAAAAAGCAAGAAUUCAGAUUCAGUAUAUAGAAUUCGAUCUUGCUUUCUUUAUGUAAACCAUUGAAAAACAAUGAUUUGAAAAAAAUCUUAAACCCUGACAAGAUACUUUUUUAGUUUCACAAACGUUUCUCCUACGCUGUAGUCAAACAAAACUGCUUAGUUGAAUGUAUAUUAUUACUAUUUUGUAAAAAUAUUCCAUUUUCCAAUUAGCUAGGCCAGUCAGUGAUUGAUCAACUUGUUUAUUCAUAUUUGUCAAUUUAAUACACAAAAUGUCUGCAACUGAAUAGAUAGAAAAUUGUAUUGAUAGGUUCAAAAAAUUUACUAAGAGAGUAAAAAAAAAUAAUCACAUCUCUCACGUGCCUUUGAUCGUUGACUAUUCAUAGAUUGCAGACAAAUUCAGAGAAAUAAAUAAAGGUGAACAAUUAUCGUUAUCGUAAUUGUACAUAAUUUAUAAUAAUGCUGAGAAUUUUUCAAACAUUAUGCUUACGAAAAUUUUUCAUUUUUGAAUAAUGACACAACAAUGUUACAUCAUUGUCUUAUUCUUUUACCUUUAAAUAAUAUAUUUGUAUUUCUACAUUGUCUUAAUGUAAAAUGUUACUAUUAUUUGGUUAUUUAUUUAUAAUAACGAAAGUGAACGAUAUAAAAUGUUUAAAAAGUAUAUUGAUUUAAUCUAUAUACAUAAAUAUUAUAGCCGAAAAGGAUAAGGAAUGUAAAAGUAUGAUUCAGAUGACGAGAGCCAUAUUGGCCUCAUAUGUAUUCCAUGUAUUUAGAACAAGUGGUGAAGGUUUUUUUAAAUUACUAUUUUUAGUUACACACUAAAUCCAAAAUUAUUAUUAUUUAAUAAAUAUAUCAUUUCUUGUUAA